UCUCUUUCUGUAGCCUACACCACCAGACACAUCCAGAGACCAGGGACAUGGCUCCAUAGAACCGCACAUGGCGUACAGAAGCCAUGAACCAAAAAAGAACUCACCAAAAACAAUAAAUGCAUCCGUAGCAACCUGAUUUGAUUUAUUUCGGAUUUCACUCUUCCAAAAACCAACAACAGCAAUAUUUUUUUUUUGCAGUGUUGAGGGAAGCUGCUUGCAACUCCAUAUUUCACUAGCUACUUUACGCGUUAACCGGAUCAGUCUGAUUUCCCUUUUCAAACAUGGGUGUGCAAGGUUUCCAAGAGUAUAUUGAAAAGCACUGUCCGAAUGCUGUCGUACCGGUGGAACUCCAAAAGCUUGCCCGGGGUAGCUUGGUUGGAGGCGGCAGGCAGAGACCGCCUCAAAGUCCGCUCAGGCUUCUAGUUGACGCCGAAAAUUGCCUCCACCGGCUCUACGGUGGUUUCUACACCGACUGGGUAAGUGGAGGCCAAUGGAACCACAUGCUUGGCUACUUGGCUGCACUCGCUAAGGCCUGCUUUAACGGGAACAUAGAGCUCUUGGUAUGUUUCAAUGGCGCCCUGGAGAAAGGCCGUCUUCACGAGUGGGUCAAGCGACAGGUGAACGAAAGACAGACAGCGCAGCAGAUAAUCAGCCACGUCCAGAAUAAAGGUACCCCACCACCAAAGGUCUGGUUCCUGCCUCCGGUAUGCAUGGCCCACUGUAUCCGACUGGCCCUCCUCAGGUUCCACAUUGGGGUUGUCCAGAGCAUCGAGGACCAUCACCAGGAAGUGAUCGCCUUAUGCAGAGAGAAUGGCUUCCAUGGCCUGGUGGCGUACGACUCCGACUACGCCCUCUGCAACAUCCCUUACUACUUCAGUGCCCACGCCCUCAAACUCAGCCGUAAUGGCAAAAGCCUCACCACGAGCCAGUAUCUGAUGCAUGAAGUUGCCAAGCAGCUCGAUCUCAACCCAAACCGUUUUGUCAUUUUUGCUUCGCUCUUAGGUAAUCACAUAUUGCCUGAUGAAGACUUGGCAGCUUUCCACUGGAGUCUGCUUGGACCAGAACACCCCUUGGCCUCACUGAAGGUACGUGCCCACCAGCUGGUCCUGCCGCCCUGUGACGUGGUUAUCAGGGCUGUCGCCGAGUACGUCCGCAACAUGAAGGACGUCAAUGACCUGGAGGUUAUCUCGAAAGACAUCUUUAAGCACUCCCAGUCCAGAACCGACGACAAGGUGAUCCGUUUCAAGAAGGCUGUGGAGUACUACUCAACUGCCAGCAAGCCUCCUCACUUCUCUCCUUAUUUAGCCAGACCAAAUCAGAUUGGAGUGUCUGCAGCUGUGCCACAAUACGGACCUCCACCAAUGCUCAACAUUCCACAGGCUCCCCUUCCCAUCAAACCUGGGGUCCAGCAUGCCUUCUCCACUCCGCUGGCCGAGCCUGGUCCUGCCGCCGUGGAGGCAGCAGGGAAGGUCCUCCCGGAUCAGAACAGCUUCGGCAACAUUCCUCAUGAAGGGAAGCAGCACACACCGCUCUAUGAGAGGUCAUCCCCCAUCAAUCCCAGCCACACGGGCAGCGCGGGGAGUGUGGGCAGCGACAGCCCCAACCACACCGACCCAGCGUUCUUCAACACCUCCUCCACAUCCUCAUCCUCUGAGAACGAGGAGUCCACCGGCACCACUGCCAAUCAUCUAAAUGACCAUAAAGGAUGGGAAAAACAAGGAAAUCAGACAGACAACAUACCAGAAGAAGACCUCGGGGAUCAAAUAAAAACUGACCCGUGUGUGACCUCCCCGGUGAGCCCCGUACUGGACGUGGUCAGCCCACACUGCAUCAACCCCGCUAUCCCAUCGCUGCUCUCCAUGCCAACCAGGAACCACAUGGACAUCACCACACCCCCCUUACCCCUGGUGGCCCCUGAGGUGCUGCGUGUGGCCGAGCACAGGCACAAGAAGGGCCUCAUGUACCCCUACAUCUACCACGUCCUCACAAAGGGAGAGAUAAAGAUAUGGGUGAGCAUCGAGGACGAGGCCAACAAAGAGCUGCCCUCCGCCGUGCAGCUGUUCAGGCCUAUUCGUCAGUAUGUGUACGGAGUGCUCUUCAGCCUGGCCGAAGCCAAGAAGAAGGCCGAGAGACUCGCCGUCAGGAGGAACCGCCUCCCUGAAUACCAGCCAGUGAUCAUAAAGGAGUGGGCGGCUUACAAGGGCAAGUCCCCGCACACCCCGGAGCUCGUGGAGGCGCUGCCGUUCCGGGAGUGGACCUGCCCCAACCUGAAGAAGCUGUGGCUGGGCAAGGCCGUGGAGGACAAGAACCGCCGCAUGCGCGCCUUCCUGGCCUGCAUGCGCUCCGACACGCCUGCCAUGCUCAACCCUGCCAACGUGCCCACGUCACUACUGGUGCUCUGCUGCGUGUUGCGGUUUAUGUUACAAUGGCCAGGAGUAAGACUUUUACGUCGUAACGAACUAGACGCUUUCCUAGCCCAAGCACUUUCUCCUAAACUUUAUGAACCUGACCAGCUGCAGGAACUGAAGAUCGACAACCUGGACCCGCGCGGAGUGCAGCUGGCGGCACUCUUCAUGAGCGGCGUGGACAUGGCGCUGUUCGCCAAUGACGUGUGCGGGCAGCCCAUCCCCUGGGAACACUGCUGCCCCUGGAUGUACUUCGACGGCAAGCUGCUCCAAAGCAAACUGAUCAGGGCUAACCGGGACAAGGCCCCACUCAUCGACCUCUGUGAUGGUCAGACUGAACUCGUGGCUAAGGUGGAGAAGAUGCGCCAGAGUAUCCUGGAGGGACUCAACUUCUCCCGGCCGCCGCACCCCGUGCCCUUCCCCCCACCGCCGCCGCCGCCGCACGGCAUGCCUUUCUACCCCCCGCCCAACGGCAACUUCUACCCCCCACCACCCAUGCCACCACCUCAGGCCAGGGGCAGAGGUGUGCCUGGCUUUCCGACCAUCUCCUCGCAAGGUGGCAAACUGGAGAUCGCUGGCACAGUGGUGGGCCAGUGGGCUGGCAGUCGCCGUGGCCGCGGCCGAGGCGCUUUCCCCAUCCAGGUGGUGUCGGUAGGGGGACCAAACAGAGGUCGACCUAGAGGAGUUAUCUCUACUCCGGUGAUUCGCACCUUUGGUCGAGGAGCCAAAUACCAUGGCAGAGGUUUCAAGAGUCAGGGUUCAUAUCAGAGCAAGCCUGCAUACGCUCCCUCCUCAGCCAAUGACACUGCAGCCAAGGAGCGCAAGAAGCCCAGCAAGGGGGAGGAGACCAAGUUGGCGACUCUGUCGCCGGAGAGCUCGGCGGCCGAGAAUGGCCUGGAGGUGCCCGAGCAACAGCUCAACGGUAAAGCGGACGACGCCAUUAACAGUGAGCCAGUGUCCAGCCCAGCCGAAAGUGCCUUCAGUAAUGACUCUAAGAUGUGCAAUACUAAUCCUCACUUAAAUGCACUAAACUCAGACGGCGAGGGCCUCAGAGAUGAGACUCUGGGCCCUGCUGUCUUAAAAACAGAAGAGUAAAGAAAAAAACAAACCUAUUUUUAUAGAGAGGGUGAAGGAUGGAGGAGGGUUCAGAGUUAGGUUAGGAAUAUCUGGAAGGAUGGAAAGCCUGCAGUUGGUAUACAUUUAUUUUUUUCCUCUCAAUCAGCAAGAUUAGAAAUAAAACAAAACCGAAUGUGAGGAUGUAACUGAUGAUGAAAUGAAAAUUGAAAAUGAAAUCCCUCUUUCACUGUCACCUAGUGAAAACAAGAGCUACGAUGACUUUUCUUGGUUUAGUAACAAACGACAAAAUCUACCAGGUCUAUAGGAAAUACAACCAGUAACAUGAGGUAGAAACGUGCACUCCCAACUCACUGAUAUCUACAUGUCUCAAACUGGUUAUAUGGACGUUUUACGUUAAUUUCUAUUAUUUCUCUUAACUUACUGAAGCCGAAAAAAAAUACUUUCAUUUGGAGGUCUAUAGGACAUAGUUUGAGAAACUCUUCCAGUACUUGGCACCAUAUAUAUUUGCCAUUGUAAUUGAUUUUGUGUUGUCACAGUAAAUGCUUUUCUUUUUGACAAGGUAAACUCACAAAUGAAAAAAAAAAAAAUAACAGAAACGGAACCACCUUUCUCACAUGGGUCAUCAUUGUGGGUUUUAAUUGUUUUUGAAAAAAAAAAAGUGCAGAAUGUUUUUAAAAAUUUAAGUAAAUGUAGGUUAAAUACAGCAUCUUAAGUUCAGAUGAAUUCAUUGUCAUAACUUUUAGGUCUAUAAGUAACAUGUCAAGAAAUAUUUUUUUGAAAAUUAAAUCACACGGAGAUACAAAUGAUCGAUUUAAAGAUAAAAAAAACAACAACACAAAUAGGUUUUUCUUUUGUGUCUGUCCGAACACUCCAUGCAUCUGUGAUCAACGAUCAACGUGGUUUCUUGAAUCGGAUGUAGAACCUUAGUACUACUGUUUCAGCUAAACUUUCUGCAUGGUUCACAAUUUUAAAAAAAGUGUGUAGUUAUGCAUGUUUGUCCUUUUUCUUCCAUCUCUACAAGUCCUGUGCCCAUUCGCAAAAUUGAAAAGGCAGAUAAUCAGUAAUUGUCCUAUCAAAGGUGUUAACUGUUUAGUCGUAACUGAUUUGCUCUAACCUUAAAUUUGUGUGGGUUUUGACCUCUGUUGCAUUUAAUCAAAACAAAAAAGUUACAAAAAGUUUAUCUAGCCACUUUAAAUAUUGUUAACCCUGGUGUACUCAUGACUGUAUACAUUAUUGUUCUUUGUUGCUGUUUUCUGCAUUCAUAUUAGCACAACACGUCUCUGGAAAAAAAGUAACAAAAACCUAUGAAAAAAAGCUUUGAUCUUAAAAGACCCCCCUCUCUUUCGUAGCUGGAAUCGAGUUGGCAAGACGCUUGAUCCUCCCAUUCAGAGUAUAGCAUAAGCGAGUAAACCUGUAAUCAUUUUUGAUGUUUACUUUUAGUGUUUUUGACGAGAAAAAAAAAGAGAUUCUUAUUGUACUUCUAAACAAGAAUCAUUACUUAACUUUUCUCCAUCUAAUCCUCCUGAUGCUUUUCAUUGCACAUUAGUGGUCAGAAAUAUGGUGUACUUCCCAGUCCCCAGCCCGCAAGACUAAAUAGGUUACCUUGAUGUAAGUUGAUGGGAGUUUCUUCCUAACUCAUGGAUUGUACAAGAAUGAACUACUGUUGGGUUUGAGUGAUUGUUGAUGGAUUGUGGUGUGGUGUAUUUGAAGGAAAUUGAAUGCAACUUACAAUGCUUAAUAAAAGUCUUUAUUCUUUUAGUAUAA